GUGCUGUCCCCUCGCCAGUGACGGCUCAGUUGAUUACUUACAACACUGCCCCCUAGCGUUGUGCUGCUGUAAAAGCGACAUUUGUGAUUUCUUUCCACUUCCUCGUCGUCUUUGUGCUCGUUUUUAAGGAUGGCGUCGAGUUCCUACCGCAUCCCUUCUACCGCCGGUCCUCCGACACCUACUUACACCGAACCUUGCCGGCUCCGGUCCAAAGACAGCAGUGAGAAACCUCAAUAAGCGACCCGGGUACGUUUUGACGAAUGCGUGUUUGCAGAGUGUGACCUUUGCAGAUGUGAGAGGCUAAGGCUGCGAGAGGGGAGUUUUACCCGCGGUUUGGCGGAGGCCUACUUUAGAUUCGGGGUCAGCUCUCCAUGGAGGCUUUCAUCUAUCGUUGGACCAGGCAAUCUAGUGGCCUUUCAUAAAAUGCUCGUGCAAAGCGGCGAUUGUAUUUCAGCGUCUUCUGUUGCACUUUUGUCAUUGUUGAAUAAUUUGUUACAAAACAGAAAGCGGUAGUUAUUUGAAAAUAGCAAUAGCCAAAUAAUUGCAAAGGAGGUCCACUUGUUUAGUAACGUAAAGGCUGCAGACCAGCGGCUAGCUGUUAGCUGCCGCAGCUACGAGCUACGGCUACGGCUUCAAAAUGGUGCAGAUUUCCAUUCCAAAUCGUGACCAGGUUUGCAUGGAAGGUUUGCUAGUACAUGUAGCUGUGGAGUACCAAGUGCACGUAAGUUACACGUUCGGCGAACUCGCCCGUAUAUUGUGGUGCAUGAUUUCAUUCAGGAAAUAGACUAAGCCCGGCUUGGUCACAAAACGCUAUUAUUUGAUAGCCGCAUUUUAGCGACAUUCCUGCAAUGCAUAUAUUUAUAAUUCGGUGUCCUUUCAUACCAUUGAUUAUAAUCUAAUAUCGCUGUGUUGUGGUUCCCAAAAGUCUAUUUUGUUAACGUUAAUUUGUAACAUGUGUUUAGAAAAUCUGACUGAAAGGGCUUGGAGCCUUCGACUUUCUUAUUUAGGUGCUUUACUUUUUGUAGACUAGAAUUGUCUACUUAUUCAUGCAUGCAUAGUCUAUUAGCCUACUUCUAUGCAACAUAAUGGUCAGUUAAUCAAUCUGCAUCACACAUCCUAAUUCUGUGAUUGUUUUGUCUGCCUCCAGGUCUUCAUGUUUAUUUCUAAGAACGUGUGUAACCAACAGAGAGCCCACCUUCCUGAUACUGUGUCAUAAACACCAGUCUGCUCUGUGUGUCAUUUCAAAACUCACCUCCUAAACUCUGAAUAUUCAAGUGCAAGAAUGACGGAGGCGUGGCAACAGCAGCAGCAGCACACAGUGGCUCCACCUUCUGUAGUGCACACACUUCCCCAGACAACGGACGCGCUGGCCUGCACCGUGUACGGCGUUGUCCUGCAACCGGAUUCUUCUCUGCAACAGCAGCAACAGCUGGGCCAGCAGCAGCAUGUUGUGCAAGCACAGCAGCCCUCCAUGCAGCUAGGUGGCGAAAGAGUGCAUAAGUGUGGCGCCUGCGGACACGACAUCUCUCACUUGGCCAACCCCCACGAGCAUCAAUGCAUGGUGACCCAGGACAGGUCUUUCCAGUGCACACAGUGCAUGAAGAUCUUCAGCCAAGCCACGGACCUGCUGGAGCAUCAGUGCGUGCAGGUGGAACAGAAGCCUUUUGUUUGCGGCGUGUGUAAGAUGGGCUUUUCCUUGCUCACUUCUUUGGCCCAGCAUCACAACUCCCACGGCAAUGGAAACAACCCAAUGAAGUGCUCCAUUUGCGAGAAAACGUACCGUCCCGGAUCCGGAAACGUCACUCCCACCUCGUCGGCGGCCAAUCCGCAGCAGCCCUCCACCGGAGAGACAUCUGGUGGCGGUGCGGCAAUCAGUGCCUCAUCCCCACCAGCUUUUGAGGCCUCUGCCCCCGAUAGGCCGUACAAGUGCUCAGUGUGCCAUAAGUCCUUCCGGCAUUUGUCCGAGCUGACCCGCCACGAGAGGGUCCACACAGGUGAGAAGCCGUACAAAUGCGAUACAUGCGAUAAAAGCUUCAGCCAGUCUUCGCAUUUGGCUCACCACCAGCGCACACACAGCUCCGAGCGGCCAUACAAGUGCGCUGUGUGCGAGAAGAGCUUUAAGCACCGCUCUCACCUCGUGCGCCACAUGUACGCCCAUUCGGGCGAGCACCUAUUCAAGUGCAACCUGUGCGAGAUGCACUUUAAGGAGUCGUCGGAGCUCCUGCACCAUCAAUGCCAGCCGGAAGGAGAAAGGCCUUUCCGAUGCGGCUCGUGUGGAAAGAGCUUCAAGCGGCCGUCGGACCUGCGGCAGCACGAGCGCACUCAUUCCGAGGAGCGACCCUUUCAGUGCGAGGAAUGCCAGAUGAGCUUCAAGCAGCAGUACGCUCUCGUACGCCACCGGCGCACCCAUAAGAAUCCGGCCGACCGCCCUUUCAAGUGUAAUCUUUGUGAUAAAGGCUUCCUGCAGCCCUCCCACCUGCUUUACCAUCAGCAGGUGCAUGGCAUGGAAAGCUUGUUUAAGUGCGCAUCUUGCCAGAAGUCCUUUAGCCAAUCCGGAGAGCUGUUGAGGCACAAAUGUGGAGGGGAAGUUGAGAAGCCCUACAAGUGUGACGUGUGCGGCAAAGGUUACAAAAAGAACUCCACGCUGCAACGCCACCAAAACACUCACUGCGCAGAGAAGCCGCUGAAAUGCUCUCUGUGUGACAAGCGCUUUGUGUCAUCCUCAGAGUUUGUCCAGCACCGCUGCGACCCGACCCGCGAGAAACCGCUGAAAUGUCCCGACUGUGAGAAACGCUUCAGGUACUCGUCCGAGUUGCAGCGCCACCGUCGCGUCCACACAGGGGAGAAACCUUUCAAGUGCGCCAGCUGUGACAAGAGCUUCAAGCAACGCGAGCACUUGGCCAAGCAUCAGAGCGUGCACUCGCGGGAGACACAGUUUAAAUGCGUGUGGUGCGGCGAGCGCUUUGUCGACCUCGCCGCUCUGCAGGAACACACGGUCCAACACACCGCCGAAGGGGAGAGCUUCCCCGAAGCGCCCUGUAUACCGUGACCGCCGUGAUUCAGCAACCCCGGACAGUAAAUAGAGCAACAUGUCAUCGCCGCCUCCACGUUCAAACUUGGUUGCUUCAAACACGCGCCCGUAAACGAAGAUUCCUCAUGUCUUGUACAGCGUCCAUCGUGUGAAGACUCCAUUAUCCUUCCGUGACUAAAAGGUGAAACUCUGGGCCAGAGAAUGAUUCUUCAGUAACUGUUGUUGUAAAGAGCAAAAACAAAGCAAAAAGUAAAAGGUGGAGAGAUCGUGCUGAUCAGCCCUAAUGUUGCAUGUGAUGUGAUUGCAUUUGUUUUUUUGUUUUUUUUACUGUUUACUCUUGCAAGCUGGACAGCAAGACAGCUGUCAAAUGCGCCCUCAUGUAUUUUACGCCCCAUGUCCGUGUGCCUUUUUUUAACAGAUCUCGUUUUAUUGAGUAAUAGCCGAGCGACUCCCUCCCAUCCACGCACAGUGUCCGCCCUGUGCAGCAGUCUGUUCACAUACUCGACCUUAGAUAGUAUCUUCUGUGCAUGAAUAUUUAUCACUCUUAAUCUCACUAUUGUAUUAUAGGUUUUUUUAUUUAGAUAAAAAAAACAACAAGAAAAAAGGUGAAUUUGUGAAGUGUAUAGCCCAAGUCCUAUUAAACGUGAUGUUGCAUCAAUGUAUUCAAACAAAUGACAUUUGGUAACUAAUAAAUACCUAUUAUGUCAUGAGAACACUUGACAUGUGCAAUAGAAAUGCACAAUGUAAUAUUUAUAACUACUGAUUCAUCGCAUAGUCUACCCUAUUAUUAUAGAUUGUGUGUAUGCGCUCAUGUAAACAUUGAAAAAAAUGUGUAGUGCUUCUGUUACGUUUUAUUUUUACUAUUGAUAAGCUUGCUGAUAUUUUGCAAGGACUGAAGUUUCCAUUUGAAUUAUUAUGUUUAUUCUGAUGAACUAUCAUUAUAUUGUUCACGUGUAAGUAAUUCGCAAAUUACUCUGUGGUAGAUGAAAAUAAUCCUCCCAGGAUUCCUCAGCUAUACUUGAGUAUACUUGACUCCACACAGCCUCAAGCUGCAACAUGUGUUUUGUUCUGAGGAUAAAGUGGGAAAAAUGUAUGAAAGUUCACAAUUUGAUAUUUCUAUAAAGUCAUUUUUUGCAGUAUAUUUGAAGAAGCAUUUGAGAAAUUGAGCUGACAUGGACAAAGGGACUGGCAGAGGGUGAUCAUGUCAUAAUUUGGUAAAGAAUUUUAAAAAGGUAUCAUUUAGACUCCUGUUCAUAGUGUACACAGACAAAAAAAAAAUAAACCACAUUGUGGAAUAUCAAAGUGUAUACAGA